CAUUGCUUACGUUAGCAUCAUCUGGGGCGCCUUUAGACAUCCUGAAGACCAGGCUGCACCCCUAAUUCAGAAUCUCCAUAGGGUGAGGCCCAGGCAUCGGUAUUUUGGAAAGCUGCCCAGAAGAUUCCAACGUGCAGCUAAAGGCCAACUGGGAGCCGGGGCUUGGGGGUGAAGGUCGCGCAGCCUUCAGCGAAGCGGGAUAACGGAGACAAGCUCCAAGGACAUGGCUGCAUCUAGCCUCUAGGCACACCCCAGUGGUGCCGCCUGAUGCAUUUAAUCAACAAUGGAGGAGAGAGACUAACUCCAGCUUCUCGCCAAAGAGUGGGCCUUCAAGCGCAGCGUGGCCCCGCCCCCGGGCAACGAGGCCCCGCCCCCGCCCGCGGCCGCGCUGCAAGGGUGGGGUCCUGGGGAGCUAGGUCCAGUCAGGCGCCCGUGAACGCUCUCCCUCUCCCGCCUUCCAUUGCCUCAACUUCCCUCUGCCAACCGGCGCGCGGGGCUCGGGUCUGCGGUCACGUGCACGGCGGCGGGCAAGCGCCAUGAGGCGGGCGGCACUGCGGCUUUGUACCCUGAGCAAAGGGCUGCUUGCUCCCAGCAGAGGACUGACUCAAGGAUCUCAGAAUCCCGAGAAACAGAGAGUCUUCCACAUUCAUGAAGUUCGAGAUAAGUUGCGGGAGAUAGUAGGAGCAUCCACAAACUGGAGAGACCAUGUGAAAGCAAUGGAGGAAAGAAAAUUACUUCAUAGUUUUUUGGCUGCGUCACAGAAAGGCCUGCCACCUAGGAGAAUGAAAGACAGUUACAUUGAAGUUCUCUUACCUUUGGGCAGUCAGCCUGAAUUAAGAGAGAAAUAUUUGACUGUUCAAAACACUGUAAGGUUUGGCAGGAUUCUUGAGGAUCUUGACAGCUUAGGAGUUCUUAUUUGCUACAUGCACAACAAAAUUCAUUCAGCUAAGAUGUCUCCUUUAUCGAUAGUUACAGCCCUGGUGGACAGGAUUGAUAUGUGUAAGAAGAGCUUAAGCCCAGAACAGGACAUCAAGUUCAGUGGCCAUGUUAGUUGGGUUGGGAAGACGUCCAUGGAAGUGAAGAUGCAUAUGUUCCAGUUACACGACAAUGAAUUUUCCCCUGUUUUGGAUGCGACAUUUGUAAUGGUGGCUCGUGAUUCUGAAAACAAAGGGCCGGCAUUUGUAAAUCCACUCACCCUUGAAAGCCCAGAGGAAGAAGAGAUCUUUAGACAAGGAGAAUUGAACAAGGGGACAAGGGUCACCUUCAGCUCCAUGUCAUUACUGAAAAUGGCUCCCACUGCUGAGGAGAGGACAACCAUACAUGAGAUGUUUCUUAACACGCUGGAUCCAAAGACUGUAAGUUUUCGAAGUCGAGUUUUGCCUCCUAAUGCAGUGUGGAUGGAGAAUUCAAAACUGAAGAGCUUGGAUAUUUGCCACCCUCAGGAGCGGAACAUUUUCAAUCGAAUCUUUGGUGGUUUCCUUAUGAGGAAAGCAUAUGAACUUGGAUGGGCUACUGCUUGUAACUUCGGUGGUUCCCGACCAUUUAUAGUCGCCGUGGAUGAUAUCAUGUUUCAGAAACCUGUUGAGGUUGGAUCAUUGCUGUUUCUUUCUUCGCAGGUUUGCUUUACUCAGGGAAAUUACAUUCAAGUCAGAGUACACAGUGAGGUGGCCUCUCUACAGGAUAAAGAGCAUAUGACCACCAAUGUCUUUCAUUUCACGUUCAUGUCGGAAAAAGAAGUGCCCUUGGUUUUCCCCAGAACAUAUGGAGAGUCCAUGUUGUAUUUAGAUGGGCAGAGGCAUUUCAGCUCCAUGAGUGCACCAGUGACCUUGAAAAAGGACCACCUCAUCGAGCCCUAGGAAGACCGCGUUUGUUGAAGACCAGUGCCCCACAGUGACACGGUGCCUGAUGAAGGCCUGAGCAAGUAUAUCGCUCUUAGUGUUUAUUCUCAUCCUCCAUAGAGAAGGAGGAUGUAUUCAGCUUUUAGGUUGAUCAGAAAAGUAGAAUGAGAGAAUGGCUGGGUGGGGCAGAGGGGGAAAGAAUUAUUGAAUAAUAAAUACUUUCAAGACAAUUUAAAUUGUGAACCUACCACGUUUCCUCCUGUCUACUCAGGAAAUGAGGGCUGAAUGCCUUUUUAUGUGACUGGACACAUUCUUUUCUUACACAUAUUGCAACCAUCAAUCUACAUGGUUUCCUGCCAGGGCAUUUGGAGGGCAUUCUUUAAACCUGACCUUUACUGCAAUUCCCCUGUAUUAUUUAAAUCCCAUCAACCCUAUGUGAUUCCUUUGUAUUUUUGCCUCCUUCUAUUUCCCAGCUUUUGUUGUUAGCAGAGGGUAGAUGAAAAGUUGUAGUAAAGGGAUUCAACAAAAGACACAGCAUUUGUAAGGAUUUGUGGGAAGCUUUAGAUCUGAAACAUACCAAGGAAACACAGAAGACCCCAAAUAGCCAAAGCAAUCUUGAGAAAGAAAAAUGGAGCUGGAGGAAUCAGGCUCCCCGACUUCAAACUAUACUACAAAGCUACAGUGAUCAAGAUGGUAUGGUACUGGCACAAAAACAGAAAUGUAGAUCAAUGGAACAGGAUAGAAAGCCCAGAGAUAAACCCACGCACAUAUGGUCACCUAAUUUAUGACAAAGGAGGCAAGAAUAUACAAUGGAGAAAAGACAGCCUCUUCAAUGAGUGGUGCUGGGAAAACUGGACAGCUACAUGUAAAAGAAUGAAAUUAGAGCACUUCCUAACACCACCAUACACAAAAACUCCAAAUGGAUUAAAGACCUAAAUGUAAGAGCAGACACUAUAAAACUCUUAGAGGAAAACAUAGGAAAAACACUCUGAUGUAAACAACAGCAAGUUCUUUUUUGACCCACCUCCUACAGUAAUGAAAAUAAAAACAAAAAUAAACAAAUGGGACCUAAUGAAACUUAAAGCUUUUGCACAGCAAAGGAAACCAUAAACAAGACGAGAAGACAACCCUCAGAAUGGGAGAAAAUAUUUGCAAAUGAAACAAUGGACAAAGGAUUAAUCUCCAAAAUACACAAACAGCUCAUGGAGCUCAAUAUCAAAAAAACAACGCAAUUAAAAAAUGGGUGGAAGACCUAAAUAGACAUUUCAGCAAAGAAGACAUACAGAUGGCGAAGCGGCACAUGAAAAGAUGCUCCACAUCGCUAAUUAUUAGAGAAAUGCAAAUCAAAACUACAAUGAGGUAUCACCUCACACUGGUCAGAAUGCCCAUUAUCAAAAAAUCUAGAAACAGUAAAUGCUGGAGAGAGUGUGGUGAAAAAGGAACCCUCCUGCACUGUUGGUGGGAAUGUAAAUUGAUACAGUCACUAUGGAGAACAGUAUGGAGUUUCCUUAAAAAACUAAAAAUAGAACUACCAUACGACCCAAGCAAUCCCACUACUGGGCAUAUACCCUGAGAAAACCAUAAUUCAAAAAGAGUCAUGUGCCAAAAUGUUCAUUGCAGCUCUAUUUACAAUAGCCAGGACAUGGAAGCAACCUAAGUGUCCAUCAUCAGAUGAAUGGAUAAAGAAGAUGCGGCACAUAUAUACAAUGGAAUAUUACUCAGCCAUAAAAAGAAACAAAAUUGAGUUAUUUGGGCUCCCCUGGUGGCGCAGUGGUUGGGAGUCCGCCUGCCAAUGCAGGGGACGUGGGUUCGUGCCCCGGUCCGGGAGGAUCCCACAUGCCGCGGAGCGGCUGGGCCCGUGAGCCAUGGCCGCUGAGCCUGCGCGUCCGGAGCCUGUGCUCCGCAACGGGAGAGGCCACAACAGUGAGAGGCCCGCAUACCGCAAAAAAAAAAAAAUUGAGUUAUUUGUAGUGAGGUGGAUGGACCUAGAGAUUGUCAUACAGAAUGAAGUAAGUCAGACAGAGAAAAACAAAUACUGUAUGCUAACGCAUAUAUAUGGAAUCUAAAAACAAAAAUGGUACUGAUGAACCUAGUGGCAAGACAGGAAUAAAGAUGCUUUAUAGAGAAUGGACUUGAGGACACUGGCGGGUGGGGGGAAGGGGAAGCUGGGGUGUAGUGAGAGUAGCAUUGACACAUAUACACUAAAUAGAUAGCUAGUGGGAAGCAGCCGCAUAGCACAGGGAGACCAGCUUGGUGCUUUGUGACCACCUAGAGGGGUGGGAUAGGGAGGGUGAGAGGGAGGCUCAAGAGGGAGGGGAUAUGGGGAUAUAUGUAUGCAUGUGGCUGAUUCACUUUGCUGUACAACAGAGAGUAACAGCACUGUGAAGCAAUUAUACUCCAAUAAAGAUGUAUCAAAAAAAAAAAGGAACCAUGCCAAGAGGAGGUCUUCACAGAUGGUGAAUACAGGAGACACAGGACCAAGUGUUCAUUCCUCCAUUCACCUGACAGCUCUUCAGCACACUCUGCUAGGGGCUGGGCAGCAUAUAUCUGAUUAACAAACAUGAACAGUAAUAAUAAUUACAGAUGCUUAUGCUCACAGAGCACUUGCCACUUGCUAGAUAGGCACUCUCUUAAGCACUUGACGUGUUUACUUCUUCCACCAACACUAUGAGGUAGGUUCUGUAACCCGCUUGUAGGGUUUGGCCACUCAGGAAUCUGAAGCAUAGAGAGGUUGAUAAUUUGCUCAGACUCCCCCAGCUAGUAGAUGGUGGUGCUGGGAUUCACACUACCUGGUUCCGAAGUAACGGUAAAGCUGGGAAUGUAUUGAUAGUAAGGGAGGUCGUACCCAAUGUCACAGUGCCACCUAGGAACCCAAAGGGACAUAUUCCGACGAGUCUGCAGCCAAGACCCAGUUUCUCCUUUGAUGGGAUGGGAAGUUGAUCAAGUUCAGAAGAGAGAGAAACCAGGCUGCACAGAGGGAAAGAAUUCAUCUCUGAAAAGGUCCUCCCAGGAAAGAAACAGUCUUGAGUGUGGGUUCUAAACACAAAGCGGUCACAAACUUGGCUCUGCGUCAGAAUCGGCUGGAGUGCUUUAAAAAAAAUUUGUAUUAAUUUAAUGUUUAUUGAAAUCACAGUUAAUAUGAAUGAGCACUUCUGGCAUAAAUAGUCAUGGGAACAAACAACUACUCUGGAGGCGUGCAGUUGGACUCAUGGCACCCAGCGUGUGCUGCACCGUAAGCUUGCUAGCAUCAGUCUUCGCCCCCCUCGCUGUACUUACUACCAUCCUAAGCUUCACCUGGCCCUUCAGUACAGCAUUUUGCAGAUCUGCCUGUAACCCGGUGAGGUCCCUGAGCUGCCUCGCAGGAAGGGAUGGCCCUGGGGAGUUGUGUGAACGUGUUAAGCGGAGUUCAGUUAAGAGACCUACUGCAUGGUGGUGUAUAGAUUGUACGUUAUGCAUUUAACCACUUAGUGCUGUACACGGAAGCUUUUGCAAGAACUUUUCUCGCUGUUGUAAGAAAUGUUGCAGUAAAUAUCCUAAAGCUAAAACAUUUAAUCAUUAAACUAUUUCCUUUGGAAAAUUAUUGAUAAGUGAUCUGUAGGUCAAAAUCGUAUGCACACAUUCAAGGCUUUGAAUAGUUCACGUAUCCCUCCAGAGCAGUUGUACACAUGCACUUAACUCAUUAGCAAUUUCCCUGAACUUGGCUGAAUUUUAUCCUUUACUUUUUUUAAAAAAUUUAUUUUAUUUAUUUUUGUCUGUGUUGGGUGUUUGUUGCUGUGUGCAGGCUUUUUCUGGUUGCGGUGAGCGGGGGCUAAUCUUCGUUGCACUGCGCGGGCUUCUCAUCGCACUGGCUUCUCUUGUUGCAGAGCACAGCCGGGCUCUAGGCACGUGGGCUUCAGUAGUUUUGGCACGCGGGCUCGGUAGUUGUGGCUCGUGGGCUCUAGAGCGCAGGCUCAGUAGUUGUGGCGCACGGGCUUGGUUGCUCUGCGUCAUGUGGGAUCUUCCUGGACCAGGGCUUGGACCUGUGUCACCUGCAUUGGCAGGCGGAUUCUUAACCACUGCACCACCAAGGAAGCCCUUAUCCUUUACUUUUUAAAACAUCUUUGCCAUUUUAGUAGGUGAAAAAUGACAUUCAUUAAUUGCCUUUCUUUGAAUUCUAUUGAGACUGAACUCUUAAAAAAUUGCUUAUUGUCUUUUUAGUUAAAUUACUUGUUCAAUUAAUGUUGAAUAUCAGAUUUUUAAAUCAAAAUAUGUUUUCUACCUGUAAAAGUUUUUAUAAGAGCUAGAGAUUUUUUUAUUUUUAAUACAGGACUUUAAGAAGAUGAGAUGAAGGAAACUCCAAGGGAUAUACAGUAGGUUGUCGAUGUUUAGUGUUUUGUUCCUCUUCUUUAAGGAGUAGUGGGCUUUUAACCAGUACCAGCACUGCUACUUGUCUAGCACAGAACCUCCUAAUGUGGGUUGGACAUAGUUUUGUAUUGAAUAGUCCAUGCUGAGAUACCCCAUUUUACAUCAGGCAUUUAUUACCAAGUUCUUAGUUUUUGCUUAGGUAGUUCUUCAUUGGGCAGUCUUCGAGGAUGGUGUCUUUAUUUUUGGUUUCUUUAGAAGAGUUCACUUCACGCUAGUAUGCUCUGCACUGUGUUCCGUGUGCCCGUGUGGUCCUGUGGCUCCAUUUCUCGUGGUAGCCCGAGUAUUCUGCAUGUCUACGUGUUCCCUUUGCUACUGGCAUUCUCUAUACCGUCUGCUCUUUCUCCUCUCUGUGAAUAGAGCCAGUAGCUUGAGUCCUGAAAAACUGAAGUUUGCCUUCCACCCCCGCCCCAGGGAGUUCAACAUUUUAUUUUUCAAUAUAUUUGGGCAGAGAAAAAGGCCUUUCAUCUUUCAAAAGACACAUUUGAUUCUGUGGGGUGGCUGGGCUCAUCUGGGAGGUUCUUCUGCUCUGUGUGGCAUUGGCUGGGGUCACUCAGGCAACUGUGCUCACCUGGGAGCUCGUCAGGGGCUAGACCAUCUGGCACAUCAGCUGGGGAGGCUGGAACGGAUGGGGGCCAGCCAGGCCUCUCUUAAGAGGCUAGUUGGACUUCUUAAAUGGUGGUGCGGGGGCUCCAUGAGCAAACAGCCAGAUUCCCAGCUCCUAACUACGUCAUCCUCCUGCUUCUCAAAGCCAUUUUUGUGCAGAGUGAUCAAUGGUGUCAUGGAAGUUCACAAAGAUGAUCACUGGGGAGAGGCGACUGGUUGGAUGAUUGAAAGGCCGCUGGUAAGAAAAAACAGUUUCAAAAAGCAGUGGUAUCUAGGGCUGGAUGGCAAGGGGCUGAGUAAUUCCAAGCAUCCAACUCUCUUUCCUGGGUGAAGUCCUUGGACACUGGUGAGAUGCUCCUUCAUAAACAUUUUAUAUGUUUAUAUUAUAAACAACUUAAUACAAUAUAUGAUUUUAUAAAAUGUCUUAAACAUCUUAUUGACAAGUAACAUUAGGAGAUACUGCAUCGGAUACCUCUCCUCUGGUAUUUUAUAAUGAGUAUUAACUUACAAAAAACUGAAAAGUAGGGCCAUUAGAACACCUGUUUAAGUUUUUAUGUCAGCUUUUGUGAAACUUAUUUGAUCAUGGACUUUGUUGUUGUUAAUACCUAUGAAUAAAUGGAACACACUAGGAGUUUUAGUAACUUUUACAGAGCCGGGAUUAUACUCUGGAUUCUAUUGUCUAAGGGGUAAAUCGUUAUGCCCUCUUUUGCUAUGAAGAAUCAAGUAUUAGUAUUGUUUCUUAAAAACAAAUUUAGGGCAGCAUUUUAGAUCUCACUGACUUUCCUGCUUUCCAGGGUUGGCAGUCUUGCUUUUCAACAGGAGCAUAAUUUCUUGCUGUCACUGCUGAUGUUUUAUAAAAUGUUAACUUGUAACAAUGCGUUUAACUUUACAACAAAUUCUGAAUAGUAAUUUUUUAGCAUUAUGCUCCUUUAUAGAUUACAAGAGGGAGGUGAAAGGAAGUGCAUCAGGAAGAUGGUGGAGGUUAGUUCAUAAGAUAUUUGCCUCCAUUUUGAUACAGAGAAUAUAAGUUUGUGUUAUUCUGUUUCUGUAUAAGAACCUCAAGCUCAAAUUCAGUGCUUUAUGCUUUAAUAUGAAAACAUUUGGAAGUAAUUACUGAUUCUUUAUUUGGUAAUAUAGAACCCCAUGGCAACUUGUAUGUUAGUGCAGUGUAGGAAAAAAUCAGUCACAGUAUAUAAUCAUCAUAAAAUAAGAAAUUUUAUAUAUGGCUAACACAUAUUGGAUUCUUAGCACUGUGCUAAUGACAUCAAAAUGUAUUUUCUAAUUUAAUCCUUAGAAUCAGCCUUUGAGGUCAAUACCAUUAUUACCCACUUUUUCAGAUGAGGAAAGUGAGACUUAGAGAGGGAAAGUAACUUCCCACAGCCCACCUUGUAACUGUAUAUAGGUGGGGUUAGGUGGGGUAGGCCUAGACUAGGUCUAGAAUCUUGGCCCUUUGCCACAUUUCAUAUAUAUUUUCUCAACCAGUGUGAUAAAGGGUUAACUUGUGAGAUAAACACACGCACACACAUACACAGACACAUACAUGAGAAUACAAUCUGGUCUCAACCAUAAGAGACAAGGAUGGCUGAAAUAUUUUGGGCAUUUGUUUUCAUUUGCUCUUAGAGAAAAACUUUUGCUGCAGUUGUGAUUGACUCUCUAAAUUGACUUGUGAAUGUUUUCUGUCCCUCCCUGGGCAACAAAUAAUGAACUACUUUAAAAUAGAUAACAAGAAAGAGGAAUUAAAAAUAGGGAUUCGGCAAGUUCAAAAACGGAUUUAAGGGCUUCCCUGGUGGCGCAGUGGUUGAGAGUCCGCCUGCUGAUGCAGGGGACACGGGUUCGUGCCCCGGCCCGGGAGGAUCCCACAUGCCACGGAGCGGCUGGGCCCGUGAGCCAUGGCCGCUGAGCCUGCGCAUCCAGAGCCUGUGCUCCACAACGGGAGAGGCCACAACAGUGAGAGGCCCGCGUACCGCAAAAAACCAAAAAAACCAAAAAAAACGGAUUUAAGGACCCCUGACCAGUCACGUUGCUUCUAGUAAAACUGUUGUAUCGUGGGAUUAUUUUGAUCUAAGGGGAUCAAUCUGAGGUGGAUUUGGGGUCAUUUGGUCCAGCAGGUGGGUUUUGGGCAGGCAGUGUGACGUGGGAGGAGUGCUGCUGGCUCGAAUUCUGGCUCUUAGGCACCUCUGAGGUCUCAACUAUGUCUGCAGCCAGCUAGUUCAGGGCAUAGGGUAGAGGAUUCAUCUCUUUGGGUUCUGUUUCCUUCUCCGUAAAAGGAGAGGCAGCUUUCUCAUUCCAGAGUUUCCUGAUUUAGACCUAUUUCCCUUCACUUGAUUUGCUGUUUGGUUAGAGAAAUAUUUUAAUGACUAUAUUGCACAUAAUUUAAAAAAUCAAGUUCCAGUUAAGAUGUGUAUGCUAAGAAAAAAAAGGAUCUUCAGAAUAGAACAGGACCUUCUCAAAACCAUUCAGUAAGCCAGAGGCAUUGAUAAAAGUAAUACCUCAGAGGAAGGAUUGUAGUAACAAAAGAAAGGGUAGGAUAUUUUUGGGUUUUUUUGUCACAGAAAUUGUGUACCUUUAAUAGAGGGAAUAGUAUGGCUAAAACAAAUGAACUGUACCAUAAUGGAAGGAAAAUUACAUGACAGGGUAUUGAUAUGCCAGGCAUUUACUGUAUCCUGAUUUUGUUUAUACACACACACACAUAUAAAUUUAAAUUUAUAUUUUAUAUGUAUGUAUUUGUUAAAAAAAAAGUGACCCAUUAGUAGGCCAUGAAAUUUAGUGGGUUGUGGCCAACAUGACAAAAAUAAAAGAAUGCAUCACCCAUAGUAAGUAUUGUGUAACUUGUUAUGCACGUGCAUGGUGCACGUGCACAUUUAGGGUGUGCUAGGUCACAGUGUAAAAUAUACAUCUAAAUGGGUCACGGUCAUUAAUGGAAGGGGUUCUCUCAGUACACAUUAAAUAACAUGCUUCUUUGAGUUGUACUUAGUUUUGAUUGGUCUGAAUUUAGAAGUUUUUUUUCCAUUUUUUCCUCUAAAUUAGAUUGGUUUAAAAACAAAAAUCGUUUGAGUUAGUUGAUGCCCUUUUAGUUUAUUCUGACAGGGUGCCUCAGGACAAGGGGAUUUCGGUGUGCUGGGAGCCAUCUCAUGGGCUUUGGGUUACAGUGCAACAUAACUCCCUUUGAUAGAAAACUUGCAAAUCCUUUUUCUGAUGUCCUGGCUGAGCUGCACAAAUGGCCAGAACUUGAAGUUAACAAACCCAGGCCUGCAGAUUCAAUUCUUACCUUCUAUCCUUGGCCACACACUGGACCCCUGAAUCUAGCCAAUCAACUCUAUAGUGUGUGCCAUCUCCCAGUAGAUGAUCAUGAGAGAGGAAGACCAGUCAACGCUUCGUCUCUUGAGGCUGGGUCACAAGCACUGCCUUUUCAUUUAUUUUUUUAUUUUAAAUUUAUUUUAGUUUUGGCUGCAUUGGGUCUUCACUGCUGUGUGCGGGCUUUCUCUAGUUGCGGAGAGCUGGGGGGCUACUUUUUGUUGCCGUGCACGGGCUUCUCACUGCAGUGGCUUCUCUUGUUGUGGAGCACGGGGUCGGUAGUUGAGGCACGUGGGCUCAGUAGUUGUGGCUCACGGGCUCUAGAGCACAGGCUCAGUAGUUGUGGCGCAUAGGCUUAGUUGCUCCACAGCAUGUGGGAUCUUCCCGGACCAGGGCUCGAACCCAUGUCCCCUGCAUUGGCAGGCGGAUUCUUAACCACUGUGCCACCAGGGAAGCCCCAAGCACUGCCUUUUUGUAUAAGGACAGUACACUGGCAGGAGAUACAGCCUUCAGUGGACGAAUAGCAAAUGGGCUUAUUCCUCCCCUCCUGUGACACAUUCCAUCAUCCCUAUAUUUCCUUGUUAUUGCUCAUGCUGGCCUUGGAGCCAACACAGGUGUCAGCAUUUUUAGCAUUUAUUCACUGUAUUGCUCUUUUUACAUGCUGAUUUUGGGAAACUGGGCUUCUUGAGGGAACGGAUUGUGUCCUAUCUUUUUAUCUGUAUUGCGUAGCAAAGUACAUUGCAUGUGUGCAGGCCGUUAAUAACUUCCAUAUGAAUGAAUGUAUGAUUCAGGUGAAUUUGGGCGUUUGACUUUUUUGUUAAUUUAAAAAAUUUAAGCUUAAGGCUCAGGAAGGUGGAUCUUUAAAAAUUUUUUUUUAGGAUUUUACUUGUGUACAGCAUUAUGCCCAAAUUGUGUUAUUACGUUAAUAAUGGAAUUGCUAAAAGUUGCUUUGCUGUCUAAGACUAAAUAUACAGUAGCUAUGAUAUUUUAUUUCCUUUUAAAAGCUAAGUAAAAAAUUUAAUGAUUUUAUAGACGUGUGUGUGUAUGUAUAUGCAUGUAUACACAAACAUUAAUAUUUAUACACACCCGCACACACAGUGGCAUGGAGACCUUUAUGGACAUAUUUACCUGAAAUACACAUUUCUUCACAUUCUUAUGUUAAGAAUUCUACUCAAAGAUAUUUCAGUGACAUAACAUCAGAAUCCAUGGGUAACAAAAUACAAGGAUGCAUUCCAUGGUAUCAUAUGGGGGGGUUAGGGUAUAAAAAUAUCAUUAAUAAAAUAGUGGUUAAUGUAUUUAAGAACAAAAUAUAAAACCUGGAAGUCUACUGACAUAGAAAGUUUAGGGUGUAGGAUUAAAUGUGCCCUUGGCUAUAGAAGAAAUGAUGGGGGUGGGGAAUGAUUCCUUGCAUGAGAUUCUGGGGACUAAGAAAUCCCCGAAAGAGCAGUCCACUCUGAUCAUUGUAAAGGUCAGAACACUGGCUAGGCUUAAUUGGGAAAUAUUCAACAGAAGGUCAGAAAUUUGAGGGAGAAGCAGGGAAUCACAGAUGCUAUUCAUAUAUACGUAAGUGCACCGAAAAGACAUUGCCUAGUGUGUUUCAUAGAGACUUCGGGCCACCUCUUGACCUAUUAUUUUGGAUAAGCUUCUACUGUCACGUCAUGGUCUGUCCUCCUCUUGCACAGGUAGCUACUAAACUAUACUGGUCUCCUUUGCAUAAUCUGUUGGCAACUGUCCCUAGAGAAGGGUUUCUCAACCUCACUACUAUUGACAACUUGGACCAGAUAAUUGUGUUGUAUGUUCUGUGCAUUGUAGGACGUCUAGCAGCAUCCUUGACAUGUACCCACUAGAUGCCAGUAGCAUUCCCAUAGUUGACAACCAAAAACAUCUCCAGACAUUACUAUGUCCCUUGGGAAAAUUGUGCCCAGUUGAGAACCACUGCUGUAGAUUACGGUAGGUCAGCAUGUUUGGGAGUUGUCUCUUGUAGCUCAUCCUGGUCAGGCCUGGGCCCAUCCUCUCCAGCAGAGCAGGGGACUGUGCUUUUGGAACACUCUUUCUCGCCUUCUGUAAAUGGCCACAUGAGAUCAUCUUUAGGGUAUACUUUUGGGCCUGUGGACUUUCAGAAGUCAGCUGUUUGAAGGGAUAAAAGGCACUGAGGAGUGCAUUUAUAGGCUAUUAACAUUACCCAGUUAAUAUGAAAAGUGGUGAAUCAGGAUGUAUUUUCACUUAUUUGUAGGUACCUGGAAAUUAUACUAUUAGGACCUGCUUGUAAUCAAAUACUAAGCUCUUUGAGGGCAGAAAUUUGUCUUCGGUCACUGAUAUAUGCCAGGUGUUUAGAGUAGGUGAUCAAUAGUUCCUGAAAGUUGAAUGAAAACAUUAAUGACUGGCUUUUUUGAAUGGAUCCAAAAAUAGCUGUCUUCCUUGUAAACAUACCUAAAAUGAACAUGAGGCUAGAAAAGCUCCAAAGAAUGGAAACUAUUAAUCAAGAAGAUAAAGCUUAUUCCAUGAGUAAAAAAAUUGGAAAGAGGAAACCUGAGAAUAAGAUUCCAAUUGUAUUGCAAGUAUUGAUUGACAGGAUUAUCACAAACCUGUCUGAACACCAAAGUAGUAGCAGUCUUCAACUUUACUAAUAGUUGGCUUCUAAAAUGUUGACUGUAAGGUAGCACUUAGAACAUACUUUGCUAUGGCAAAGGGUUAUAAAUGGCAGUUGAAUUCCUGUGUCCACGUCUGAAUGCCUGUCACUAAUCCCCUGCCAUUUAUGACAGAACGCAGAGCGUCAGCCAGGAGGCCAGGGACAUCCCCAACUCUAGGACGGCCUCCCCUGGGGCGAGGGGCUUUUUGCGAGUGUUGAGAGGGGAUUAGCGUGGCAGACAGGACGAGGCAGAUGCUCUCGGGUCCCAGUUCCCUUAAACUACAUGGCAUGUAUAUAACUAUAGUAAAGCCAUUGCCAUGCUGGGGUGACGAAGUACCACUGGAGUUCAGCUGUAUAUGUGCUCAUUUGUGAACAGCUGGCUACAUAUACUUAGGGAUUCAACUUCUGUUAAACUAAAUACCUUUUUUUUGGCUGCAACACGUGGCUUGCAGGAUCUUAGUUCCCCGACCAGGGACUGAACCCGGGCCGUGGCAGUGAAAGCCCGGAAUCCUAAACACCAGGCCACCAAGGAACUCCCAUUGUUAAUAUAAACAUGUAAGUUGUUACUUAUAAAUUUAGUACAAGCUGUAAAUGUAAAUUUAGAAAAAAGGAGUAACCAAGGGGCUUUAUGUUGUAUACAGAGAGUCUGGGGUUCACCGUCCCUACCAGACUCUAUAGAAGGUGACUGUGCUCACAACCUAUUCUUUCCUGCCACCCUCAAAGGUACAGAGAGGUGAGCCACAGUGGAGGGGUAACAGCCCCAAAACUAGAAAUUAGCCUGUCUGGGUUCAAAGACUGAGUCUACCUUUGCUAGCUAGCUGUUUCCUUAUCUGUAAAAUAAAGAAUUCAAAGAGUUCCUGUGAGAAUUAAGUGAAAUAAUACACCUAACCUCCUAACACAAUGCCUGGUAGAUGGCAUGUACUCCAUGUUAGUUAGUUAUUACUCUUGUUACGAGUUGGAGUCAGUCUGACAUUUUUGUAUUUUGGAAAGAUAGAGAAUAACUGCCUACCUUUUGGCAUCAGUGUCUACCAAACACUAAAUAUCUUUGGACCCUGACAUGGAUUUUUAUAUUAUUCAAGAAAUUACUACUGCAACACAAUGUGGUAACAAAACAGUGAACUUUACUGAGAAGUUUCAAACAUCAUGACCUGAGGAAGUAUUUUUCAGUUCAGUUUAUCAAAAUACUUCAACUUUCCGGCUGGAUCUGGGAUUAUCUGUUAAAGAAAAAAAGCAAAUUAUUCAUUUUAAAAGCCAAAGUAUAUCAACAGUAGGCUGACAUUAGUUGCGUAUCUCUUGACUAAAGAUAAAGAUUAUUUUGUGUACCAAAUUAUAUCAUAUAUAUUUAGGAAAAACCGGAUUUGUCCUGCUAAUCUCAGCUCUCCCAGAAGGCAGAUAGUUUGCUAGUAAAUUAACAUCUGUACUCAAGCACCUCAAAUUUACUUACAGCUCUUCUCUUUGCCACCAGGCUUUCAUGGCAUCUUCAGGUAUGGUGUAAAAUCAAACAUGUUAAGAGAGCAUGGCUACAGAUGUUAAUGUAUUUUUAAAAUUAUCUGCUGAUGAAGUGAUGAUAUGCUACAACCUGAAAAGGGGGCAGUGGGUUCAAAUGGAUUGCUUGGAGGUCCAGAACUGUAACCUUUUAAUCUCAAACCGCAAAGUAAAAGAAGUACUCUAAAAACAACGCGAGUACCUAUUUAGUGAAUGGACAAAUACUCUGAAAGAAAAAGUGUUCCCUCCUAGAGCGUUACAGCCUUAGAAACCACCUAGGUUUCUAAUUUCUCACAUUAACUGUUACUUGCUAGUUACAGGUAAAGUACAUUUAUCCCUAUAUAAAAAAAAUAACCUUGUACUUUAUUGUAAUCAGCUUAUGAUAGUUCUAUAUGCAUUUUCUUCAGCAUAAAAUAAAUGUUACCUAAUUUCAGGCAUCACUCCAGGAGUAUUUUGUCUUUGCCAAUAUAUAAUCUCUCUGCAUUCCAAUUCAAUUCAAGAGUACUUAUGGCAUAACAACCGGGUGCCGACAGUAUGCUGCACAGUGGGGGAUCCAGUGGUAACCACCGAAGUCCCCGCCUUGGAGGCUCGUACAAGCACGUGGGGAAGAUGUACGUGUACAUAACUGCUUUUGAUGCAACACACUUUUGUGAGGCUGAGAUGGCAUCAGGGAAGGCCUCAGAGUGGAAGUAGCAUUUAAGUUAGUCUUGAAAGAAGAAUUUGGGGAAUUUAGGGAAGGGGAGAGAGGUACUCCAGGCUACAGAAAGAAAGACCUGAGCAAAGGCACAAAAGCGUGACAGAGUAGGGCUUAGUUUGGGGAAAGAUGAGUCACGUGAUUUGGUGGGAGCAUAGCAUGUGUGCAUGUGUGUGUGCGUGUGUGAAUCAUGGGAUGAUGACCAGGGAGAGGCAGUGAAACGAGAGAAUGCAGAAGCUUGAAGGCUGUGCCCGAGCAUGAGGACUUUGUACUGCAGAGCCACUAAGAGGUUCCGGUCUGCAGAAUGACAUGUGUUGGAGAGGAGAGAAACUGAGGUCGGGGAGACAAAUCAGGAGGCCUGUGCAAUAGAGAUGAAAAAUUCAUCUGUCUUCAAAGAAACGCCACCACCAAACCUUUUCUGAUCCUACACCCCCCUCUCUAGCUGUUUUCUUUCCUUCUUUCCUUCUUGCCCUAUCCUCAAACCACCUGCUGCCCUCCCUGUGGUCACGAGGGACUCCACAUUGCUCAGUCAACUCAUGGGACUCCAACCCUCAGUGCACUGGGACACUGGCGUCCUCUCCCAUUCCCACAGCUCAGCGUUCUGCCCGCGCCAACCCUUUCUGCUCCCCCGCCACGCUGAGCCGCUACCGGCCUCAGGGCCUCUGCCCCUGAUGCUCUUUCUGCACGGCUCCAUGCACGACUGGCUCCCUUUCUUCACUCACGUUUCAGCUCAAAUAUCAUCUGAAAAGUCUUUCCUGACCACUUUAUCCCCAUCCCAGGCACUGUCUCACCAACUCCCAUCAACCUGUUUCUAAAAGCAUUGGCCACAACUGAAAUUAGAACGUAACUUUGAGGGCUGGGACAUUGGCUAUGGUGUUCACUAGUAAGUAUCAUCUGGCUAUCAUCCAAGUUCGAAUAGUUGCCAUAUAGCAGGUGCUCAAGGAAUGUCUGUUGAAUGAAUGCCCAUAAAAACAGAGUAGAAUGGUGGUUGCCAGGGGCUGGGGCUGGGGGAAAUGGGGAGACGCUGGUCAAACGGUAUAAACCUUCAGUUUUAGGAUGAAUAAGUUCUGGGGACCUGAUGCACAGCACGGUUGACUAUAGUUAAUACUGUUGGUAUUCCUGAAAUUUGCUAGAAGAGUAGAUCUUAAGCCUUCUCACCCCACACAAAAAAGGCUAACUGUGAGAUGAUGGAUUUGUUAAUUAAUCUGAUUGUUUUCAACUAUAAUCUCUUCAAAUAUUUUCUCAGACCCUUUCUUUUCCUCUUCUUCUUCUGGGACCCCUAUAAUUCAAAUGUUGAUGUGUUUAAUGUUGUCCCAGAAGUCUCUGAGACUGUCCUCAGUUCUUUUCAUUCUUUCUUCUUCUCUGCAGCAGUUAUUUCCACGCUUUUAUCUUCCAGGUCACUUAUCUGUUCUCCUGCCUCAUUUAUUCUGUUAUUGAUCCCUUCUAGAGAAUUUUUAAUUUCAUUUAUUGUGUUGCUUCAUCAUUGUUUGUUUGCUCUUUAGUUCUUCUAGGUCCUUGUUAAACGUUUCUUGUAUUUUCUCCAUUCGAUUUCCAAGAUUUUGGAUCAUCUUUACUAUCAUUACUCUGAAUUCUUUCUCAGGUAGACUGCCUAUUUCCUCUUCAUUUGUUUGGUCUGGUGGGUUUUUACCUUGCUCCUUCAUCUGCUGUGUGUUUCUUUGUCUUCUCAUUUUGCUUAACUUAAUGUGUUUCGGGUCUCCUCUUCGCAGGCUGCAGGUUCGUAGUUCCCGUUGUUUUUGGUGUCUGCCCCCAUUAAGCCAGAUUUUCUUAAAAGCUUUUAAUAUACACUGAAGGUUUUGCUUGUGCCUGUCUUCUUUGCCCUGAAUUGAUUCUACCACGUCUCCACUGUCCCCCUCCCCUUUUUUAAUGGUAUCUUUCUCUGUAUACUUGGCUUUAAAAUUCACAGCGUCAGGCCCCAUAUUCUGCUUUCCCAGUUGCAGCUACUCUCCGUACAGUCCAAAGAAUGUCUGUAGUCUUAUGAGUUCUGCCUAGCAAUGUUUACUUCAUUUACAAAAUCAAGGGAGUUCUUUUACAAGGAAAGAUUAUCCUAGGGUUGGCUUUUUUGUUUUUGUUUUUUUUUUUGCCCCAGCCAUCCUCUUAACAGAAAAAUCAAUUUGACUUACUGUUUCACUACCAGGUUUCCAUCCUGCAGGGCAGACUGAAAGAAACAAAAAUUGUCAAAAGACAGUUUAAAAACAGAGUUCAGUUCUCUUUAGCAGCUCUUGUGUUUUCUUUUUCCAAAUGAAACUGAAAAUAGAGCCUAUAUUAAUGAGAACAUUGCUACAGGACAGUUGACUUCUGUUAGCUUACUGGCUUGCAGCCAGAAAUUUUAGUCAUGGAGCUUAUCAGCAGGCAGUUAAUCUAUUUUCACUUUUGUCAAUUAUGUUUAGUUACAUUUACAAUAGAAGAAACCAAAUUGAGUGUUCCUCUAAUACAGUUGGAAAGUUUGGGAAUCUGGUAAACUGAAAGGUCUUGGUACAGCAAAAAUUCCUUGAAUGUACAUUCCCUUAAGCUUAUCUGCUAUGUCCUGCAGUAUUUUGUACUGAUGCCAUGGUUCACUGUUUGUCAAAAAAGACUUUAACAUUAUUUGGAAGGUAGGAUUUCCCCUUGAUUUAGAGUGCACCCUGACUCAGGCACUGAGUUACACGUUUGAAAGGAAUAUAUAACAUGUGUUCUAUUUUAAGAAGAUCUGACCUCUUCCAUUUGGCUACUACAAAAACUUGAAGUGAAAGGAUGAAAUGACAGGUUACCGGUGUGAUACUGAAUAACCUUAAGGAUUUCUGAAUUACUUUGAGGAAAAAAAGCUAAAUCAAAUAAUGUAAACAUGCAAAUAAAACCUACGUUACUAGAUACUGCCAGAUUGGCUGGUGCAUUUUAAGUUUAUAGAAACAUAAUUUGGAAAAUUACAGUAGCAGAAACUUCUCUGAGCUUAACCAAAAGGACUAUGAAAAUAAUAUUUUGUCCAUCGUAUUCAGUAAGUAGAAAAUAUUAGUGAUAUUUUGUUAAAAGCACUUUAAAUUAUAAUUUGAUCUGCUUAAAAGACCUAAUAAUCUGAAAACAAUCAGAAGACUUUGGAACCAUGAAAAUUACUUGUAAGAUAAGAAACCAAACUAAUUAUGCUAGUAUCGCUCAAACUAAAAAAUCAAGAGGCUAUGAUGGUUAGAAGGGAAGGGCACCUUCUCCAUGUUUGUCGGUGUACUGGAAUGCUUGAACCAAACGCAGUGUCUCAUCCACAGAUCUACCCACAGGAAGGUCAUUCAGAGUAAUCUGUCUUAGGAUUCCUUUGUCAUCAAUAAUGAAGAGACCUCUGUAAAACAUAAGAAUGGUAAAAGUGAGGACAUUUGUUCUCAGUCAAGAAGAAAAAUAUUAGUUAACAUGAAUCCCUGUACCGCUCACACAGAAGGAUGUUAUACAGAACCAAAAACUCACUACUUACCUACUUGACUGGUAUGCACAUGCACACACCCCCAUACCCACACUUAUCUACUGUAUAUUUUGGGAUUAUCACUGUUAAACGGUAGCUUUAAUAAUUUGUUUUUGUCUAUGAAAUGUACUGUAGUAUUAUCAGUUGAAUCUUGACGUGUACUAGGUUUGGGAUUGUACUGUAAAUGAAAUGAUUAAACUAUCUAGCAAAGCCUUCCUUUGGGUGAAGGAGUGAUCCAUGUUUCUUAUCACUGGCUGUUUAGAAUGUCUUUGUAUUUCCUUUUUCAGGGGUGGAAAAAGAUAAAGUCACCAAUAUGAAGUUGCCUUUCCUUCUGAAUCUUUCUAUAUGUGAUUCACUACUAAGGCCUGGGGAAUAAUGAGAUAGUUCGACCUUAAAGACCUGCUAUUGAGAUCGGGGUGGCACUUUAAGAGUUAAAGUAUACUAGAGAUAAAAAUUGUCAAAGGAUUUUACUAUCUAUUUAUUUCAGUCAAUAUGGAUUUCAACCCAAUACUUACUUUGGAUUAGAAAAGGAUCUCGGGUACUAGGGCUAAUUGCUUGUGUACAAGUAUUAAAAUAAUGAUGAUAUAUAUAUAUUUAGUAGAAAUACAUGGCAUUACAUAUCUGUUACAUGAAAUCUUAUUCCAUAAUCAUGUUAAACAUUACUGAAGUGUUCCUCCUCAUUCUACAACACCUUUUUUGAAUGAGCAACUCAACGUCUGAACUAACUAGGGCUCAAUCUCCUUAGACCAGAUCAACUUGGCCAAACUCAGGCAAAAUUGUUAAUUACUACUCAUAUGGGUAUCCUUUCAUGUACUACUUUUACAGUUGAAAAUUCUCAUCAAAGGUGAUCAAGUCUGUUCUGAAGUAAGUGACCCUGAUGGGAAAUUUUGACCUUGCCUCUGUAAGGCACAUCAUACCAACACACACCACACAAAAACAAAUCUGCCUUUUCUUUGGUAGCAAAUUGUAGCUUCUGUUUUCUGUUCUGAUUGUGUGAACUGCUUCUUUGGUAGACUAUGAGACUAAGGCAUUUGCCAUACUUGGUGUAAUAUGUAUAUAUGUCUCUUCCACAGAACAGAGACAGGUCAUUCUUACAAAAAGUAUGAAAUUAAAAUGGCAACAGACAUCUCAAUAACAGCCCCAGAAGCUAAAGGUAUCAGGGCAAUGCUUUCAAAUGUCCACAGGAAAAUGCCUUUCAAUCUAGAAUUCUACACCCAGCCACAUUAUUAAUCAAGCAUGAGAGCAGAAUAAAAACAUUUUCAGACACAGAAGGCCCUCAAGCAUUUUACCUUCCAAUGACCUUGUAUUAGGAAGCUAUGAGGAUGUGCUUCACCAUAACAAAGGAUUACAUAAAGAAGGCAGGCAGGCAUGGGAGCCAGAAAAUUGGGUAUCUAAUAGAGAAGAGGUGAAGGAACGUCCCAGGAUGCUGGUGCAUAAAGUGCUAGGACAACAGCUAUGUAGCAGGCCUAGCGAGCCAUCAGUCUGACUGGAAGCAGGAGGAUGGAGGAAAAAAACUGACAGAGGAAAAAUGCAGUACUUAGAGGGGUUACAAUCCAGGUGUGGAAUUUAGGAAUAAUUAGUGAUGGAUAUAUAGAAAACUAAGGGAAUGAAAGAAAUGAAGUAGUUUAUUAGCUACAAGAAAAUAAAAAUAUCUGCCACAGGGGAAGGUAAUCUUCAGCACACUACACUUAAAAGUUUAGCAGUGAAUAAUAUUUAUAUAAACACUGAAUAUUGACUUAAUCCAAAAUUGUGACACAUUAUACUGGGAAAAUUAAUUUGGGGAUGAUGUAAGAAAGAUAAAGUCCUAUUUACCAUGAAAAAUAAUAGCAAAAUUGAUAUAUCCAGGAGAUGUAUUAUAUAAGAUACUAUUUAGAAAUAUGGAGUCAAAUAAUGCAAGCAGUAGCUAAAGGGCUGAAAGUAGCUUCCUCCAUGAAGCAGGGCUAAGAGUAAGGAGAGGACUGUUUAAGAAAAUGUGACUUUUAAAAACUAUGUGCAUAUAUUACUUUGAUGAAAAUAAAAAAUUAAAAAAACAAACUUGGUUCAAAUCACAUAAAAUAGCUAAUAUUAGAUAAUUUUACUUGGUUAAUGUUCAAAUAAUUCUAAAUUUUAAAAGUGCCUCAAUCUUUUUAGUGGCAUAUUUACUCUUCGGGAGUUAACUUAGUAAUAAACUCUAGGCAGAAACCAUUACAGACUUGGCAAGUACCAAAAAAAAAAAAAAAGAGAGAAAGGAACUUG